CCCGGGCCCCACGCCGCCCUCUCUGUGCUCGGAUGGGAGCCCUUUUGAGGAAAGCGAAUCUCGCCGGGGUGCCCGAGCCAGGCAGCGAUGCCAGCAUGCCCGUCUCUGCCUCCCUCCGCCAGGAUGGCAGCCAGGAGCGGCCGGUGAGCCUGACCUCCACCACCUCCUCGUCGGGCUCCUCCCGUGACAGCCGCAGCGCCAUGGAGGAACCCAGCAGCCCCGGGGCUGCAGCCGAGAACGGGGCGAGCUCCCCGCGCGGCCGGCACCCCCCCAACAGCAACAACAACUCCAGCGGCUGGCUGAACCGGAGGGGGCCCCUGUCUCCGUUCAGCAGCCGGGCAGCGGCCGCGCCUGUGCACAAGCUCAGCUACCUGGGCCGAGUGGUGCGGGAGAUCGUGGAAACCGAGCGCAUGUAUGUGCAGGACCUGCGCAGCAUUGUCGAGGACUACCUCUUGAAGAUCAUCGACACGCCUGGGCUGCUGAAGCCAGAACAAGUCAGCGCCCUCUUUGGGAACAUAGAAAACAUCUACGCACUGAACAGCCAGCUCCUCAGAGACCUGGACAGCUGCAAUAGUGACCCCGUGGCUGUGGCCAGCUGCUUUGUGGAAAGGAGCCAAGAGUUUGAUAUCUACACCCAGUAUUGCAACAACUACCCCAACUCCGUGGCGGCCCUGACGGAGUGCAUGCGGGACAAGCAGCAGGCCAAGUUCUUUCGGGACCGGCAGGAGCUGCUGCAGCACUCGCUGCCCUUGGGCUCCUACCUGCUGAAGCCCGUGCAGCGCAUCCUCAAAUACCACCUGCUGCUCCAGGAAAUUGCCAAACAUUUUGAUGAAGAGGAGGACGGCUUUGAGGUGGUGGAGGAUGCCAUUGACACCAUGACCUGCGUGGCCUGGUACAUCAAUGACAUGAAGAGGAGGCAUGAGCAUGCCGUCCGUCUCCAGGAGAUUCAGUCACUGCUCAUCAACUGGAAGGGGCCAGACCUGACCACCUAUGGGGAGCUCGUCCUGGAGGGCACGUUCCGCGUGCACCGCGUGCGCAACGAGAGGACUUUCUUCCUCUUUGACAAAGCGCUGCUCAUCACCAAGAAGCGGGGCGAUCACUUUGUCUACAAGGGUCACAUCCCGUGCUCCUCCCUGAUGCUGAUUGAGAGCACCAGAGACUCCCUGUGCUUCACCGUCACCCACUACAAGCACAGCAAGCAGCAGUACAGCAUCCAGGCCAAAACAGUGGAGGAGAAACGGAGCUGGACUCACCACAUCAAGAGGCUCAUCCUGGAGAAUCACCAUACCACCAUCCCCCAGAAGGCCAAGGAAGCCAUCCUGGAAAUGGAUUCGUACUAUCCCAAUCGGUACCGCCACAGCCCGGAGCGGCUGAAGAAGGCUUGGUCCUCCCAGGAUGAAGUGUCCACCCACAUGCACCAGGGCCGCCGGCAAUCUGAGCCGACCAAACACUUGCUCAGGCAACUCAGUGAGAAAGCCAGAGCAGCAGGAAUGAAGGGGAAGGGGCGCAGGGAGUCUGAAGGCUCCAAGAGCUGCAGAAGGCCCAGCAGUCAGUCUCCAACCAGUCCUGAGAAGCGCAUGAGCCUCGAGUCUGCCUCUUCCCUGCCAGAGGUUGAGCCAGACCCUGAGUCGGGGACAGAGCAGGAGGUGUUUGCUGCCGCGGGAGGUCCCAGCACCGAGGAGAUGCCCUCAGACACAGAGUCUCCAGAAGUCCUGGAUGGGCAGCUUGACGCCCACCAGGAGCUGCUGGGGCUGCACCACUCAGGUGACAUAGCGGACUUCGUGGUGGCUGAGAGCACUGAGGACCUUAAGGCCCUGAGCAGUGAGGAGGAGGAGGAGGAAAUGGGGGCCUCCCAGGAGCCCGAGAGCCUCCUGCCACCCUCCGUGCUGGACCAGGCCAGCGUCAUUGCUGAGCGGUUCGUCAGCAGCUUCUCUCGGCGGAGCAGCCUGGCACUGGAGGACAGCAAGUCCAGUGGCUUUGGGACCCCAAGGCUGACCAGCCGGAGCAGCAGUGUGGUUAGCCUAGAGGGCAGUGAGAAGGGCCUGGCCCAAGGGAGUAGUAGCACCACAGACUCCCUCAGCUCUCAGCUCCCCCUAGAAGUGGACACCAAUGUGGGGGUGGCCACAGAGAGUGGCCCUUCUGUCAAUGGGACAGAGCCCUCAAGCCCAGGCUGCUCAGUGGAGCCAGACAGGUCUUCCUGCAAGAGGAAGGAAUCGAUGCUCUCUACCCGAGACCGGCUGUUGCUGGACAGAAUCAAGAGCUACUAUGAAAAUGCGGAGCACCAUGACGCGGGCUUCAGCAUCCGGCGCCGGGAGAGCCUCUCCUACAUUCCCAAAGGGCUGGUGAGAAACUCGGUCUCCAGGUUCAACAGCCUUCCCAGGCCAGACCCAGAGCCACUGGCUCCACUGGGGCACAAGAGACAGGUGGGCUCCAGGCCGGCUUCCUGGGCCCUGUUUGACCUCCCAGGACCAGGCCAAGUGGGCACUGGGGACCCAGCUCCUAUCACAGAUGCUGAGUUCCGCCCGUCUUCGGAAAUUGUGAAGAUCUGGGAGGGAAUGGAGUCUUCUGGGGGGAGCCCUCGGAAGGGGACAGGCCAAGGCCAGGCCAACGGCUUUGACCUACAUGAGCCACUCUUCAUCCUGGAGGAGCAUGAGCUGGGGGCCAUCACUGAGGAGUCGGCCACUGCCUCGCCGGAGAGCAUAUCCCCCACCGAGCGGCCCAGCCCGGCCCACCUGGCCCGGGAGCUGAAAGAGCUGGUGAAGGAGCUGAGCAGUGGUGCCCAGGGGGAGCUGGUGGCCCCGCUGCACCCCCGCAUUGUGCAGCUCUCCCACGUGAUGGAUAGCCACGUGAGCGAGCGAGUCAAGAACAAGGUCUACCAGCUGGCUCGCCAGUACAGCCUCCGGAUCAAGAGCAAGUCGGUGACAGCCAGGCCGCCACUGCAGUGGGAAAAGGUGGUUCCCACCAUUCCCCGUCUGCAGGAGGAGACCGGAUCACCAUUGGGUGGCACAGGUAAGAGAAAGCCAGUGCUGUCCCUCUUCAACUAUGAGCAGCUGAUGGUCCAGGAGCACAGCCCGCCCAAGCCCUGCUCUGCCGGGGAGACGUCACCGCGGCGGUUCUCCUUCAGCCCCUCUGCUGCCAGCCCGAGGACCACCUCGCCUGGGGCCCGGCCCUCCUCUCGAAGCCCCCUCAGCCCCUUCAACACUGAGACCUUCAACUGGCCUGACGUCCGGGAGCUCUGCUCCAAGUAUGCCUCCUACGAUGAGGCGCUCCAGGCCGAGGGCAGCCGGCCCCACCGCCCGCCCGUCAACCGGAGCCGCUCGGUGCCGGAGAACAUUGUGGAGCCUCCUCUGUCUGGCAGGGUGGGCCGCUGUAGCAGCCUGAGCACCCAGAGGAGCCGGGCCGGCCCGGAGGCCACCCAGCCCCAGCCUCCCAGGGUGCUGCCCCAAAGCGGGCCGGAUGGAGAGGAGGCCCUGAUCGUCACCGCAGACCUCACCCUGGACAACAACCGGCGGGUGAUUGUCAUGGAGAAGGGGCCCCUGCCCGGCCCCGCUGUGGGGCUGGAGGAGGGCAUUGGGCAGGGACCGAGCUCGCCAGCGGCCACGGUGGGGCAGGGCCAGGAUUUCCAGGAGCCUGCAGAGUUUCGGCCAAAGGAAGAGGGUGCCAGGGACCCAGCGGACCUGAGCCAACAGGGCAGAGUGAGAAACCUGAGGGAGAAAUUCCAGGCCUUGAACUCCAUAGGUUGACUCUGAGUCCUAGAGGAGGGGGAGCCAUGCUGGGGGUCAGGGAGGAGCCUGGUGUACUUCCGCACCCUGGGCUCACACC